AUGAUUAAGGAACAGGAUGGGGACCACACAGAUCAUAUCACUUUUACUGAUUCUAACAGUUACUUUGGAUUUAGCAAAGCCGCAAUCAACUACAACGGCUGCUCCAACAACAACAACAACCGUUGCUCCACCAACUACAACGACUGCUCCCACAACGACAACUGUUGCUACAACAGCUUCUCCCACAACAACAACAACUGCUUCUCCAAUAACUACAACAACUGUUCCUACAACUACAACAGCUGCUCCCACAACAGCUGCUCCAACAACCACAACAGCUGCUCCAACAACUACAACAGCUGCUCCCACAACAACAACAGCUGCUCCCACAACAACAACAGCUGCUCCAACAACUACAACAGCUCCUCCAACCACCACAACAGCUGCUCCAACAACUACAACAGCUGCUCCAACAACUACAACAGCUGCUCCCACAACAACGGCUGCUCCCACAACAACAACAGCUGCUCCCACAACUACAACAGCUUCUCCCACAACAACAACGGCUGCUCCCACAACCACAACAACUGUUCCCACAACAACUGCUGUUCAAACAACUACAACAACUGCUCCGACAACAACUGUUGCUACAACAGCUGCUCCCACAACAACAACGGCUGCUCCCACAACAACAGCUGCUCCAAUAACAACAGCUGCUCCCUCAACAACAACUGCCCCUAUAACUACAACAGCUGCCUCCACAACAACAAUGGCUGCUCCAACAACUACAACAGCUGCUCCCACAACUACAGCUGCUCCAACAACAACUACUGCUCCCACAACAACAACUGCCCCUAUAACAACAACAGCUGCCUCCACAACUACAACGGCUGUUUCCACAACAACGGCUGCUCCAACAACAACAACAGCUGCUCCAACAACAACUGCUGCUCCCACAACAACAACUGCUCCUACAACUGCAACAGCUGCUCCAACAACAACAACUGCUCCCACAACAGCAACCGCUGCUCCAACAACCACAACGGCUGCUCCAACAACAACAGCUGGUCCCACAACAACAACUGUUGCUCCAGCAACCACAACAACUGCUCCCACAACAACAACAGCUACUCCAACAACAACAGCUGCUCCCACAACAACUGCUCCAACAACUACAACAGCUGCCUCCACAAUGACAACUGUUGCUACAACAGCUUCUCCCACAACAACAAUGGCUGCUCCCACAACCACAACAACUGUUCCCACAACAACUGCUGUUCAAACAACUACAACAACUGCUCCGACAACAACUGUUGCUACAACAGCUGCUCCAACAACUACAACAGCUGCCUCCACAACGACAACUGUUGCUACAACAGCUUCUCCCACAACAACAAUGGCUGCUCGCACAACAACAACUGCUGCUCCAACUACAACAACUGCCCCUAUAACUACAACAGCUGCCUCCACAACAACAAUGGCUGCUCCAACAACUACAACAGCUGCUCCCACAACUACAGCUGCUCCAACAACAACAGCUGCUCCCUCAACAACAACUGCCCCUAUAACUGCAACGGCUGUUUCCACAACAACGGCUGCUCCAACAACAACAACAGCUGCUCCAACAACAACUGCUGCUCCCACAACAACAACUGCUCCUACAACUGCAACGGCUGCUCCCACAACAACAGCUGGUCCCACAACAACUGUUGCUCCAGCAACCACAACAACUGCUCCCACAACAACAACAGCUACUCCAACAACAACAGCUGCUCCCACAACAACUGCUCCAACAACUACAACAGCUGCCUCCACAACGACAACUGUUGCUACAACAGCUUCUCCCACAACAACAACAACUGCUUCUCCAAUAACUACAACAACUGUUCCUACAACUACAACAGCUGCUCCCACAACAACAGCUGCUCCAACAACCACAACAGCUGCUCCAACAACUACAACAGCUGCCUCCACAACGAGAACUGUUGCUACAACAGCUUCUCCCACAACAACAAUGGCUGCUCCCACAACAACAACGGCUGCUCCCACAACCACAACAACUGUUCCCACAACAACUGCUGUUCAAACAACUACAACAACUGCUCCGACAACAACUGUUGCUACAACAGCUGCUCCCACAACAACAACGGCUGCUCCCACAACAACAGCUGCUCCAACAACAACAGCUGCUCCCUCAACAACAACUGCCCCUAUAACUACAACAGCUGCCUCCACAACAACAAUGGCUACUCCAACAACUACAACGGCUGCUCCAACAACAACAACAGCUGCUCCAACAACAACUGCUGCUCCCACAACAACAACUGCCCCUAUAACAACAACAGCUGCUCCAACAACAACAACUGCUCCCACAACAGCAACCGCUGCUCCAACAACCACAACGGCUGCUCCCACAACAACAGCUGGUCUCACAACAACAACUGUUGCUCCAGCAACCACAACAGCUGCUCCCACAACAACAACAGCUACUCCAACAACAACAGCUGCUCCCACAACAACUGCUCCAACAACUACAACAGCUGCCUCCACAACGACAACUGUUGCUACAACAGCUUCUCCCACAACAACAAUGGCUGCUCGCACAACAACAACUGCUGCUCCAACUACAACAACUGCCCCUAUAACUACAACAGCUGCCUCCACAACAACAAUGGCUGCUCCAACAACUACAACAGCUGCUCCCACAACUACAGCUGCUCCAACAACAACUGCUGCUCCCACAACAACAACUGCCCCUAUAACAACAACAGCUGCCUCCACAACUACAACGGCUGCUCUAACAACUACAACAGUUGUUUCCACAACAACGACUGCUCCCACAACAACAACUGUUGCUCCAGCAACCACAACAGCUGCUCCCACAACAACAACAGCUACUCCUACAACAACAACAGCUGCUCCAACAACAACAGCUGCUCCCACAACAACUGCUCCAACAACUACAACAGCUGCCUCCACAACGACAACUGUUGCUACAACAGCUUCUCCCACAACAACAAUGGCUGCUCGCACAACAACAAUGGCUGCUCCCACGACCACAAUAACUGUUGUUGUUGUUGCUCCCACAACAACAACUGCUCCUACAACUGCAACAGCUGCUCCAACAACAACAACUGCUGCUCCAACUACAACGACUGCUCCCACAACAACAACUGCUCCUACAACUGCAACAGCUGCUCCAACAACAACAACUGCUGCUCCAACAACAACAACAGCUGCUCCCACAACCACAACAACUGUUCCUACAACUCCCACAACAACUGCUGUUCAAACAACUACAACAACUGCUCCGACAACAACUGUUGCUACAACAGCUGCUCCAACAACAACGGCUGCUCCAACAACUACAACAGCUGCUCCCACAACAACAGCUGCUUCAACAACAACAGCUGCUCCAACUACAACAACUGCUCCCACAACAACGGCUGCUACAACAACUACAACUACUGCUCCCACAACUACAGCUGUUCCCACAACAACAACUGUUGCUCCAGCAACCACAACAGCUGCUCCCACAACAACAACAGCUACUCCUACAACAACAACAGUGGCUCCCACAACAACAGCUGCUUCAACAACAACUGCUGCUCCCACAACAAUUGCUCCAACAACUCCAACAGCUGCCUCCACAGCAACAACUGUUGCUACAACAGCUUCUCCCACAACAACAAUGGCUGCUCCCACAACCACAACAACUGUUCCAACAACAACUGCUGUUCAAAUAACUACAACAACUGCUCCGACAACAACUGUUGCUACAACAGCUGCUCCCACAACAACAACGGCUGCUCCAACAACUACAACAGCUGCUCCAACAACUACAACAGCUGCUCCAACAACAACUGCCCCUAUAACUACAACAGCUCCAACAACUACAACAGCUGCCUCCACAACAACAACUGUUGCUACAACAGCUUCUCCCACAACAACAACAACUACUUCAACAACAACAACUGCUGUUCCCACAACAACUGUUGCUCCAUCAACCACAACAGCUGCUCCCACAAUAACAUCUGCUGCUCCCACAACUACAUCUGCUGCUGCCAUGACUACAACAGCUGCUGUGUCAACUACAUCAGCUGCUCCCACAUCAACAACAGCUGCUGCAUCAACCACAACAGCUGCUCCCACAACUACCACAGUUUCUGCGACAACUACUGCUCCCACAACUACACCUGCUUCUAUGACAACUACAACUGUAGCUCCCACAACUACAACGGCUGCUCCCACAACAACAACAGCUGCUCCAACUACAACAGCUGCUCCAACAACAGCUGCUCCAAUAACUCCAACAGCUUCUCCCACAACUACAUCUGCUACUCCCACAAUUACAACAGCUUCUGUGUCAACUACAAGAACUGCUCCCACAACUACAAUAGCUUCUGCGUCAACUACAAGGACUACUCCCACAACUACAACAAUUGCUCCCACAACAACAGCUGCUCCCACAACUACAAAUACUGCUCCCACAACUACAUCUGCUACUCCCACAUUUACAACAGCUGCUGCGUCAACCACAACAGCUGCUCCCACAAUUACCACAGCUGCUGCGACAACUGCAACUGCUCCCACAACUACAACAGCUGCAGCAACAACUACCACUGUGGCAACAACACCCUUGGCAUCUGAACCUGUUUAUACUGUCUCAGCGGAAUUGCCAAACGAGACUUUUACAGAGGAUCUCAAAAACCGGAGCAGCAGUCAAUUCAAAGCUCUCGAACAACGAGUUGUAGGAGCAUGUAAUAAAACAUACAGAGCAAGAUUUCCUCGUCGGUUUAAUCGCUGCUUCGUGAAAGAGUUCAG